GUGGGAUCUAGUGUUAUUUCAUUUUCUUGGGUCAAUAAAAGCAGAAGAUUUUUCAUCUGUCAAAAGUGUCAAAUGUUUGUUUUGAUAUGCGAUUACUUUAAUUUUUAUUAAGAAAAUAUGAAUUCAUUGACGAGUGAUAUUGAAGAAUUGGAAAAUAAAGAGAAAAAUGAUUCUGCAAUUUUGGAAAUAAGUUCUACAGAAACUGGUAGUAAUAUAAAACAAGGAAAUAAUGAUAUAGAUAAUUUUUCAAAUUACAGCACAUCUGUGGAGGGAUCAUUGGUUAUUUCACCAUCAGCAGAUAGUUUUUCAACACUUCCAGAACAGGAAGUCAGUGAUUUUCAGACAGACACUCGUGAUUUGCAAGUGAAAGUUGAUAAUCCACAAAAACAUGUAGAAACUUUGGAAACAUAUAUAACAUUUCGUAUCAUCACAAAGUCCACACGAUCUGAAUUUGAAGAAAGUGAAUAUACCGUUCGCAGACGUUACAAUGAUUUCAUUUGGUUAAGGCAAAAAUUAGUGGAAGCGUAUCCAACUCACAUUAUACCGCCAAUGCCUGGGAAACAUUCAUUACUGGCACAAUUGGAUCGUUAUUCUAAAGAAUUUAUUAUUGCUCGUAUGAAGCUUUUACAUAUUUUUCUUAAUCGAAUCGUUAAUCAUCCUAUACUUAGUUAUAAUAAAAGUCUUAUUAUUUUCCUCACAAGUAAAUCUGCCGAAUUUUCCGUUCAUCGAAAAAAUCGUAGCAGUGUUCUCGUUAAAGUAGCGGAUUCACUGCCAAAUAUAAAUGUUCAUAUGACAAAAAUGCAUAAUUUAGAAUUCGAACAUUUUCGUGAUUAUUGUCUUUCAUUGAGCGAAAAAUUAGCCACAAUGGAUAAAAUAAGUCAUCGCAUUUACAAAGAAAGACUAGACUAUCUAAUGGAAUUACAUCAGUUACAUCCGAUAUUUACCUUAUGGGCUACAACAGAACCAGAACUUGAAUCUAUUUUAUUAGCAAUGGCCAAAUCAAUUGAAGCAAAUGCUACAGCACAUAAGAAAUUAUUAGAUUCAAUUCCUUGUGAAGAAAAAGAAUAUGUUGCUUAUAUUGAAGCUGUAAAAGAUGCUUUAAGUCGUCGUAAUUCAAUGCAAAUUGAAUAUGAAAUGACAGUUGAUGAAUUAUCGAAAAAACGACUUGAAAAAGAACAAUUGCUUAAUGCAUCACCAACGCAACACGUUAAUCAAGGAUGGGGUGGAUCAAUUUGGAAAAGUGAAACUCGUGAUGAAAAAUUGGAAAAAUUAGAUCAAUUAAUUUCGCGAUUGAUAAAAGAUGUUGAAGUAUUACAAGAUCGUUUGGAAUGUGCAAAUGAAAAUUUACACAGUGAUUUGGAACGAUGGAAUAUUGAAAAACGUAAAGAUCUGAAAAAUAUGUUGAUUGCAAUGUCUGAUCAACAUAUAUGCCAUUAUCAAGAAUGUGUAAAUGCAUGGGAAGAUAUUCUUGAAGGAAUUAAAAUUGAUAACGUUGUAUCAGAAGAAUUAAACGUUAAACUUUCUGUUUGAGAAGAAUUUAUGUCGGACGUACAAAUUUUUUUUUUCUUUUAUUAAAAGAAAAAGAAAAUCUACACUACACUUGUAUCUACACUUGUUAUUCAAUAUUUAUUUAAAUCAUUUAAUUGUUUUUAUUAUUAGUAUUUUAAUACCAAAAAUUUUCAAUUUUGUCUUAGAACACUUGCAUUUUUAUUAUAUUUAAUUUGUCACAUAAUAUAGAAUUUUAUCACUCACUUUAAUUAAUUAUUUUGAAAUAUUCUGAAUAAAAGAA